AUGGCCGACGCGUUCCAAGCCGGCGGUGAUGUUGGCCGACUAAUCAAUCUUAUCCCGGUAGGACUCAAGGAGGCUGCAGUCGAUUCCCCUACGUCGAGAGCCACAGUGGUACAUUAUGGGGAGCAAGUGGAAAUGCUUGAAAGAUGGCUCGACGAAUACAUGAAAGCUACAAACCGUCUCGUAGCAGAGUCUGCGACGUUAGACAGUAUCCUGAACAACUUUACGUCUCAUGCACUUGUACCGACCACGAUUUCCGAGGCGAUGCUCGACCACGAUUAUGAUGUACUCGCCAUGAAGAGAUAUUCGGAAGGAGCGAAGGACUACUGGAUGAGCAUGAUCUCGGUGGUCAAGAGACUCUCGACUCUUGUUGCUGAACCUAUCAGACACUUCCUGCAGAAUGAUCUCAGAGCGUUCAAAGAGGCCCGGCGGGCGGUAGAGUUCGCCCAGAAGAACUUCGACAAUCAGCACACGAAAUAUGCAGCCCUUGGAAAGUCAAAGGAGCCAUCGUCCUUGAGAGAAGAAGCGUUCCAACUGCAUGAGAGCCGGAAGGCAUACUUAAGAGCCAGCCUCGACUUCUUUGCUAUGGCACCUCAAUUUCGUUUCUCGGUUGACAAACUCCUUGUCAAGAUCUUCUGUGAUCAAUGGAAAGAGAUGCGGUCUUCACGUGAUAACACUGCGGUCAUAUUCCAGAAAGGCGCUAGCGACAUUGACCGAGUUAGAGGUUGGCUCACAACCAUGGAAGAAAGCGAAAAAUCAUUCAGGCGUGAGCUUGAGGUAGCUCGCAAGCAGCUAGAAAACACUGCCGAGAGCAGCACGCGCCCAUCGCGAGAGCUCGAAGAUUAUAGCGCGUCGACAAUUGCUCAGUUUGGCCAUGGUCACACAACUAGCGUUGCCAGCGCACCAAAGUCACCAAGAAAACCUCCAGUAAAGUCAUCAGAGAAGCAGGGCUGGCUUUACCUACGGACCUACGGGGGGCGCCCAACUCGAGCCAUCUGGACGAAGCGUUGGUCUUUCCUGAAGAACGGUGUUUUCGGCUGGCUCGUGCAGGGCUUACGAGCCGGUGGUGUGGAAGAGAGUGAGCGCAUCGGUGUGCUGCUAUGUAGCGCUCGACCAGCUGUCUCGGAAGAGCGUCGCUUUUGUUUUGAGGUGAAAACAACGAAGCAUACAAUCGUUCUUCAAGCCGAGACACAGCCUGAGCUUCAAGAGUGGCUCGGGGCCUUUGAGGCCGCCAAAUCCAAAGCUCUUGAAGAUCCUGCUGCGCUGAGCUCCCUGGGAUCCCCUGGUCUUGCCAAUUCAGACCCAGCUUUUGCGGUCUCAAAUCCACCUGUGCCGGAGUUUGGUGCGGCCAUUUUAGCUGCCACUGAGCCUGGCGCAACAGCUGAGGACACAGUUGGUUCGCUAGAUAGAACAGGCACAUUACCAGUUCCGGGUAACGACUAUGGGCGAGAUACUAGCGUCGAUGUUCCCAGGCGAUCUACAGCAGUGGAAGAACCUGCCCCGCGAGAUCAUCACGCUUCGCGUAUUAUUUCGAAGCUUGACCUACACCGGAAGGCAUCUCCGUCUACACAGUUCACACCUUCGCCGUCGACACCAGCUGGAGGAGGCAUUGCAAGCCUCAUAGCCGCUAGUCAUGGGUCUAUAAAUGUCAGCGGAGCCAUGCCCUUGAUACCAGGCGAAUCUGAGAAGCAGCGGCCUCCAUUCAUUCUUGCUCUUCGAGAUAUGCCACCUAGCACGUUGGCCCCCUCAACACUGGCCAACGUACCAGCGCCGACUAAUAUGAGCAAGUCAGCGGUCCUCAUCACUGGCGAGCGAGGUCUCAGUGCGGCACUCGAUAAGAGCGGUCUUCCAAAUGGGCUACUGGCCAACAUGUGGGGCAGCUCGAAUGCCGCCUUUGUGAACCGACUUGACCGCUCCGAUCCAAAGAUGAUACCUGACGCUCGACUAAGCACUCAUCCGACUCCACUGGUCUUACCAUCAACCUCGCCGGAGAAGGCUCCAGGACACCGAGAUGGCGAGUCGGCCAGUCAUGGCGUUGUACCACAGCUCGACUUGGGUCCGCCAGUGCAACGACGUGCUCGAUCCCAGUCGCCAACCAAACGUACUCGGACUAUCACAAGCAUGGAUACAGAGGGGGGCACCAGUAUCAAGAGCGACAAUUCGAUCACUGAUUUCCCGAACUACUAUCCUCUUCAACUUAAGACCCAGGAUGCGCAAUUCAGACUAUUGUUUCCCACUGUUAGACGAGACGAGAGGCUGGUUCUCGUCUUCCGUGCGACAUGGAGCCCCAACGAUCUGCAGGACUUCCCCGGUCGCAUCUAUGUGACUUCGAGCAAUAUCUACUUCUACAGCAAUCAUCUUGGCCUUGUUCUUACCUCCUCAGUCUCGCUAGCAUCCAUCGACGAGGCCACCGCUGCGCCGGGCCGCGAGUGCGAUUUUCUCUUUCUACACAUGAAGGAGACCACCAGAGAGAACACCACAACACGCAUCACCGUAAAGACCUUCCUCGAACCACUGCGCCUCCUACAGCGGCGCAUUAACUUCCUGGUACAGAAUUCUGCCGCCGAAGACCCGCUUUCACUCGAGGCCGUUAUCAAAGCCCUGUUAAGGAUGGAAUCUGAUGUUCCGGAACGCUCUCCGUCGCUUGAAUCCUGGGAAGACGUUGGUGUCGAGACGCCGAUCGAUGCGCUGUCUCAAAAGCGCCGUGGCCGCUCCUCAACUCUUCAGUCAGAGCUUCGCGCUCCCACCCGUGUAGACCGCACUUUAUACAGUACAUACGCCACGAACCAGGAUAAGGCCCCCAAAUUCAAGCUUCCUGCUCAGCCAGUCAAGUACACACCUCCGGGCGACCUUUCCCUCGCCGCCGAGCGCGAGUUUGAUGUUUCACCUAAAGCCCUUUUCCACGUCAUGUUCGGGGACCGUUCUGCCCUGUGGCAGCUCCUGCAGCAUGAGAAGCAAGCAAUGAACCUCAAGCAAGGCCCGUGGACGGACGUUGGCGAGGGACGCCUGCGCCGCGACUUCGAAUACCAGGUCAUGGCGCCUAACCUGCUGGGACAAGAGCGUCCAACAGAGGUCCGCGACUAUCAAAUCAUAGACGUCAACUCGGACCAUCUGUGCUACGUCGUCACCGACAAGUCAACACCGUGGCACCUGCCUUCCCGAGACGCUUAUAGGCUUGUGAGCAAGAUCGUGGUGACGCAUGUGGCGAAGGGCAAGUGCAAGCUCGCGGUCUUUGUGAGGGUCGAGUGGCUCAAAGAGCCGUGGGCACUGAAGGGCAUGAUUGACCGGCAGGCGCUGCACGAUCUGGAGCUGGACGCGCUGGAUCUGGUGGAUCUGGUUGCGGAUCAAGUGCGGAAACUGGGCGCGCAUUCGCGGACGAAAAAGGCGGUCACGAUCUUUGGUCAGGUCGGCCAGAGCACCGAAAUCACGCAGCUGGUGGAUCUCGAGGGCAACACCAAGGCGGCUGGCCUGGGUAUUGAGCUGAGGCGCAUGCCAGUGCGGCGGACGAUGAGUGGGUUGCUGGUGCAGAGCGCGGCGAGCGUCGGCGAGAGUGGACUGGGCAUGCUGCUCGAGGGCGUGAUAAGGCUGGUGAGGUGGCUGGGCAAGACGCUCGUGGCGAACAAGAUGCUGAUAUUCGUGCUGCUGCUCAGCGGGCUGUGGAACGCGUGGUACUCCAGCCGCGAGGGGUGGGUGUGGUGGCAGGAGCGGCGGGCAGUGCGCUUCAUGGGCCGAAUGGGCGUGCGCCCGGAGUAUGUCAUGGGGAAAGCCGUCUACCUCAGUGACAUCGAGGAACUGAUGGGAGAUCCCGUGCAGGUUUACGACGGCGAUGCGAGCAGGUGCUACGAAGUCUUUGCCAAGGAGCAGCAGAUUGGUGAUCUGGACGCGCCGCUGGACGAUGGCGGCGCGAGGAGGAUGCAGAAGACGCGACGGAAGCUGGGGAAAUACCGACAUGAUUUGCUGGUGGCGAUGCGGAUGGUGAAUUCGGUGGAGAGGGAGGUGGUGCGCAGUGAGUGGGAGGGUUGGGUUGAGGGGGAGAGGAGGAGGUGUCGGCAGAUUGGGGGGCUGAUGGAGAAGGGCAAGGUCAAUGAGACGCAGCUGGAGGAAUUGCGCGUUCAUGCUGGUGGUGAGGAAGGAGGCGGUGGCUUCGAUAAAUGGUUUGACGAGUAUUGCCGGAGUUGUCAGGCUGUGAGCAUGUGA